GGACUCACCGGAGACUCGUCUCCUGACAGACCGCGCGCGCGCACUCGGGCUGAGUGGAUGUGAUGUACUACUGACCGAGGACGUCUCUCUCUCUCCCUCUCUCUCUCUCUCUCUCUCUCUCUCAGCUCCAACCUCUUCGGGGAAACAAACACAAGCCUUUUUUUUCUUCUUCUUCUUCUUUUUUUUACCCACCCGUGGAUAAGGUUCCCGGGAAACCCUCCGCAUCUCUCCUCCGUCUGAGCUGCACAACUUUCAUCCGCGUCUGUCUGCCGUCUCGCGCUGCUAACCUAAAUGUUCUGUGCGCGCGCAGAGACACACGGCGCUUUCUGAUUCUCUCCUGGAGGAAAGGAUUUUCUUUCUGGUCCUGAUCUGAGUCCUGACACACACACACACACACACACACUCUCACUCUCAGCCAUGGAGAACGCUCACAUGAAGAGCGUGGAGGAAGUUUACAGCUAUCUGAACGUGAACGAGAGCACGGGGCUGGCGCUGGACCAGGUCAAACGCCAGAGAGAGAAGUGGGGUCCAAACGAAUUGCCCGCUGAAAUAGGAAAGUCGUUAUGGGAGCUGGUCGUUGAGCAGUUUGAGGAUUUACUUGUGCGGAUUCUCCUGCUUGCAGCUUGUAUAUCAUUCGUUUUAGCCUGGUUUGAGGAGGGCGAAGAGACAAUAACAGCCUUCGUGGAGCCUUUUGUAAUCCUACUUAUUCUUAUAGCCAACGCCAUUGUUGGUGUGUGGCAGGAGCGUAACGCUGAAAAUGCCAUCGAGGCACUUAAAGAAUAUGAGCCGGAGAUGGGGAAAGUCUACAGACAGGACAGGAAGGCCGUGCAGAGGAUCAAGGCCAAAGACAUCGUACCUGGGGACAUCGUGGAGGUAGCUGUGGGAGACAAAGUGCCUGCAGACAUCCGUCUCUGUUCCAUCAAGUCCACCACACUGAGAGUGGACCAGUCCAUCCUCACGGGCGAGUCUGUCUCCAUCAUUAAACACACUGACCCUGUUCCCGACCCUCGAGCUGUCAAUCAGGACAAGAAGAACAUGCUGUUCUCUGGUACUAACAUCGCAGCGGGUAAAGCAGUGGGUGUGGUGGUGGCCACGGGUGUGAACACAGAGAUCGGCAAGAUCCGUGACGAGAUGGCGUCCACGGAGCAGGAGAGAACGCCGCUGCAGCAGAAGCUGGACGAGUUCGGUGAGCAGCUCUCCAAAGUCAUCUCGCUCAUCUGCAUCGCCGUGUGGAUCAUCAACAUCGGCCACUUCAACGACCCGGUGCACGGCGGCUCAUGGAUUCGCGGCGCCGUCUACUACUUCAAAAUUGCUGUUGCUUUGGCUGUGGCUGCAAUCCCUGAGGGUCUGCCUGCUGUCAUCACUACCUGCCUGGCGCUGGGCACACGCCGCAUGGCCAAGAAAAACGCCAUUGUGCGCUCACUGCCCUCUGUGGAGACACUGGGGUGCACUUCGGUAAUCUGCUCGGAUAAGACUGGCACCCUCACCACCAACCAGAUGUCUGUGUGCAGGAUGUUCAUCUUGGACAAGGCAGAUAGUGAGAGCUGCGCUCUGACUGAGUUCACCAUCUCUGGAUCAACUUAUGCACCUGAAGGAGAAGUAUAUCUGGAUAACCGACUAGUCAAGUGCUCUGCCUAUGAUGGUCUAGUGGAGAUGGCCACUAUCUGUGCUCUGUGUAAUGACUCCUCUCUGGACUUUAACGAGGCUAAAGGUGUGUAUGAGAAGGUUGGAGAGGCCACAGAGACUGCUCUGACCUGCCUGGUGGAGAAGAUGAACGUGUUUGAUACAGAUGUCAGGAGCCUGUCCAAGAUCGAGAGAGCCAAUGCCUGCAACUCAGUGAUUAAGCAGCUAAUGAAGAAGGAGUUCACACUGGAGUUCUCUCGGGACAGAAAGUCAAUGUCUGUGUAUUGCACCCCCAGCAAGGGCAAGUCCACCACCAGCAAGAUGUUUGUCAAGGGAGCCCCAGAGGGAGUGAUUGACAGGUGUUCGUAUGUACGUGUGGGAGCCACCCGUGUGCCCAUGAAUCAGGGCAUUAAGGAUAAGAUCAUGUCUGUGAUCCGGGACUACGGCACUGGACGGGACACGCUGCGCUGUCUGGCACUGGCCACCCGGGACAACCCGCUCAGGAAGGACGAGAUGGUUCUGUCUGACACGGCACGCUUCGCUGAGUAUGAGUCUGAGCUGACGUUUGUGGGCUGCGUGGGCAUGCUGGAUCCUCCCAGGACCGAGGUGUCUGCCUCCAUCAAGCUGUGUCGUCAAGCCGGUAUCCGGGUCAUCAUGAUCACAGGUGACAACAAAGGCACGGCUGUGGCCAUCUGCAGGCGCAUCGGCAUCUUCUCUGAGGACGAUGAUGUAACCCACUUGGCCUUCACGGGCCGUGAGUUUGAUGAUCUUUCCCCCCAAUUGCAGCGCGAGGCUGUCAUGACUGCACGCUGCUUCGCCCGUGUCGAGCCUUCUCACAAAUCUAAGAUAGUGGAGUUCCUCCAGGCCUUCGAUGAAAUCACUGCAAUGACGGGAGAUGGGGUGAACGAUGCCCCUGCUCUGAAAAAGGCAGAGAUUGGCAUCGCCAUGGGCUCUGGCACUGCCGUGGCCAAGACAGCCUCGGAAAUGGUCCUUGCCGACGACAACUUCGCCACCAUCGUAUCCGCCGUUGAAGAAGGUCGAGCCAUUUACAACAACAUGAAGCAGUUCAUCCGCUACCUCAUCUCCUCCAACGUGGGGGAGGUCGUCUGUAUCUUUCUGACUGCAGCGCUGGGCUUCCCUGAGGCUCUGAUCCCAGUGCAGCUGCUGUGGGUAAACCUGGUGACAGACGGCUUGCCUGCCACUGCGCUUGGCUUCAAUCCCCCUGACCUGGACAUUAUGAGCAAACCACCCCGCAAUGCCAAGGAGCCCCUGAUUUCCGGCUGGCUCUUCUUCAGAUACCUCGCCAUUGGCUGCUAUGUGGGAGCAGCUACUGUGGGAGCUGCAGCCUGGUGGUUCAUUGUGGCUGAUGACGGGCCUCAGGUCACCCUCUACCAGCUGAGCCACUUCUUGCAGUGUUCUCCUGAGCAUCCUGACUUUCACGAUCUGGAGUGUCACGUGUUUGAAUCGCCAUACCCCAUGACCAUGGCGCUGUCUGUACUCGUCACCAUAGAGAUGUGCAACGCUCUAAACAGCCUGUCGGAGAACCAGUCUCUGCUGCGCAUGCCUCCGUGGGAGAACGUGUGGCUGCUGGGAGCCAUUUGCCUCUCCAUGUCCCUGCACUUCCUCAUCCUCUAUGUCGAGCCACUGCCGGUCAUCUUCCAGAUCACGCCUCUGAACGUGACCCAGUGGAUGAUGGUGCUGAAGAUCUCCGUGCCUGUCAUCCUGUUGGACGAGCUGCUCAAGUUUGUGGCGAGGAACUACCUGGAGCCGGCACGGGCCCUGUGAGCCUGGCCCGGGUCUCAGUAUCCCUUGCAGAAGCUGUAAAGGUUUUAUUAGUUUUAGCUCGUGUGUUUUGAGCAAAACCACAUCCUUCAUGACCUGCAUGCCAACUGCUACAAAGAAGUUAUAUUUUAAAAAAUAAAAAAAUAAUAAUAAAAAAAGUUUGUUAGUUGAGUGAGAGGUUCUACAAUAAAGAGACUAAACUGAGUGAAAUGUUAAGGGAAAUCAGGGUGCAUGCCCCUUUAAGCUAAUCAACCAUGAUGUUGGUAAAAUGAUAAGCUUUUGUAUAGCACAUCAACACUUAACUUAAAUGUAUGUAUUUAAAUACCAGCUGGCAUUAGUGACAGACACCUGUUAUUUCAUUUCUUUUUUUUUUUUUUUGCAAAAGGACUUGUUUUAUUUUGUGAGAUGUGUAGAUCAACCAAAUGAUUGUGACUCUAAGGGUUAUUGCUUAGCACAGUGACAUGCUUCCUGUUCUAGAGCAGAUAGGUUUCAGCACAGAGGAGUGUGAUGGGGAAAAAAAAUCUAUAUUUUAUUUGUUCCAGUGACGACUACAGGCAAGACGCCUCUAAACCAGUGUCUAAUAUUGUAAUUAUCACAAUGACUUGUGGUUAAUAAAAUGAUAAAUGACA